AUGUCUGCGCUAUUCUUCGCCCACCACAGCCCACAACACCAACAACAACACCACCACCACCAGCAACACCCGGCGCCGCCAACACACCUGCCAGCAGCGACAGCAGCCACCAUGUCUCACCACCAGCAUCACCAGCACCAGCAUCAGCAUCAGCAUCAACAUCAACAUCAGCACCAGCACCAACACCAGCAUCACCACCGUCGUCGACAACGGCUCACCCCGUCCAACGCCGGCGCCACCUCGACCCUCAGCUCGCUCACCACCCCCUCGACAGCUCCCGCUCCAUCCACUGCCUCUGCCUCGUCCUCGAGCUCCCGCCAGUUCCGCGGCGUCAAGUCGAUGCGGGAUCUCGUCGAGGCUCCUGCCAUCACCGCCUUCCGGGCCCGUUUCGAGGCCGGACGCUCCUUUGACCUCGACGACGACCUCGAGUUCUGCCCCAACUUGCUGACCGAGGACGACCUGCAGUCCAUCCACUCCCUGGCUGCCUCGGACCGUAGCUCGCUGGGCAGUGCCUCGCCGGACUCGUCUCCCUCGCAGCACCAGAUUCACCCCAUGCAGCAACACCACAUCAACGGCAUGGGCGGGCACAUGGCCAUGUCGGGCAUGAUGGGCAAGAUCCAUCAGCCCGCCGCCGUCAGGACACGGAAUGCCAUCCCCAUUGUCAACCCGAGCACCGGCAUGCGAGUCUCCAGUCCUACCAGACGGGAGUGGUAG